AUGACUACCACUGCGAGGCGUAAGCCUUCGGGCUCCCGGGCUAAGCCUCGCGUCGGCACCCAGUUGAAGAAUCCACGAACUACGGAUCAAGAUGGCAACAUCGAGCCGCCUCCCAAACGACGCAAAUAUAUACCAGGGGGGCCUGGAGGCGGUGGAAGAUACGUGGAAAUUGACGGCACGGAGACGCCUGUACGCCCUCUGAAUUCCUCCAGCCAAAACAAGGCCGCCUCACGUAGUAGGCCCCCGCGUGAAAAGCCUCGAACCGCACCUCCCAAACCACCGCAACCACCGCCGCCGCCGCCGCCGCCUCCCCCACCAGCGACGCCACCUGCCUCUGCACGUCCAAAACGUGAAAAGAAUCAAGCCCGUCGAUACAGCUCCGCCGCUGCAGCAGUACUUGCCGUUGCACAGGGAGACGGUUAUAAGCCGAGAGAAGAGCGUGGUUGGGAAGAAUUCCAUCCAGACCUUGAUAUCGAUGCUAAGAUAGCCGUAUUCAGCUCUGAGGAGGUGGAUGGUGUCGUGCAAAAUGGGUCGAUACACGACACGAGCAGUGGUGACGGUGCUGUUGAAGGAGAGAAUUCUAGCUUGUCCUCGUCAGCGCUCAGACGAGGGCCAGGCAGGCCACGGCGGGGUGAUAUGCCGUUCAGUAACGUCGCAACCCCCCAACCCCCUAAAUUUGUUCCACCUCCUGGACCCAAUCCCCGUGAAAAACUCACUCUUCCCAAGCCCUCAUUUGUCCUUAAGGACCCGUUCUUACCUUUUGAGCAAAAGGGGGUUGGACAACAAAAUUAUGUUGAUCGCACAAUGGCGAGUGUUGGUUUCCAAGAGAGCGAUAUUUUCUUGCGCCACGAGCGGCGUUUAAUUCGAAUGACCGAAGAUGUAGUAGAGGAGGAUUUGGAUCUGGAUCCUCCCGCUGCCGCUGAUGGAGACAUCAUCAAUGCCGCGGUGGGUAACAAUGGAGUUGGCCGAGUCGAAUAUGAUAUGGACGAACAAGAUGCGAAAUGGUUAGAGACCUACAACAUCCAACGAAGAAAUGAUCAAUUUGAGCCUAUCAAACCGGCAAUAUUCGAGAUCACUAUGACCAAAAUCGAAAAAGAAUGGCAUGCGCUCGAAAAGAGGAUACCAAAACCAAAUCCCAAGCCGCCGCAAACCCAGCGCCCUCGCUCAAGCUCCGCCGCUGCAGUUAAUGGUGAGCACGCUGGCCCAGGGGAAGAGCAAGAUAGCAAAUGUGCUAUUUGUGAUGAUGGAGAUUGUGAGAACUCCAACGCUAUUGUGUUUUGUGAUGGCUGCGAUCUUGCGGUGCACCAAGAAUGCUACGGAGUUCCCUAUAUACCCGAAGGCCAGUGGCUUUGCCGCAAAUGUCAGCUAAUUGGCCGUGGAUCACCGUCCUGCAUCUUUUGUCCCAACACCGAAGGGGCUUUUAAACAAACGAAUACGUCGAAAUGGUCGCAUCUCCUGUGCGCUGUCUGGAUCCCCGAGGUAUCCAUCGGAAACCCGUCUCUUAUGGAACCUGUGCUAGAUGUGGAAAAGGUCCCGAGGAGCCGCUGGAAGCUAAAUUGCUAUAUCUGCCGCCAGAAGAUGGGGGCAUGUAUACAAUGUAGUAACAAGAAUUGUUUUGCUGCGUUUCAUGUAACGUGCGGAAGGCGAGCUCGACUGUACUUGAAGAUGAAGCUUACCCCCGGAGUUCCUGCUAUCAUGGAUUCCAAUGGCUUGAAGGCAUUCUGUGAUCGCCAUGUGCCUCCGGAUUGGCGAAGGGAAUUCAACACAGAAGGCGCUACAGCUGAUGCUAUUGAGUACUAUCGCACCACGAUGCAAGGCAGGCGAUGGGGCGACAGCCAGGCAGCUGCUCUUGCUUUGGAACCGGAGUCUCCCGGCGGUGAGGGUAUCGAAGAUGACCAGAGACCUGUUACUCCGCGCAUUACUUUGACUGUUGGCGGCAAUAAGCGCAAACGAGCUGGGCCUCCAAAAACAAUAUGGAAGCUUCCAUCCGGUGCUCCAGUUGUACCCCAGGUUAUUUUGAAUAACGUUAUUGCUUCCCUGCAACGUUUUACUGUCCGCCAAAGGAAACAAUAUGCAGAGGAUGCCUGUAAAUACUGGACACUGAAAAGAGAAGCUAGAAGGGGCGCUGCAUUAUUAAAGAGACUCCAGCUCCAGUUAGAAACGUUUUCAUCGAUGGAAAUGACGAGACGUAAUUUUGCUGGAAUGGGCCCUACCGGAAGUGUGAGACUGCAACGGCGCAUGGAAUUCGCUGAUAGGUUAUAUCUGGACGUGGAUAAAGUUCGGAUGUUGUGCGACGAGGUAAAGAGGCGAGAAUAUGAGAAGUUAAAAGAUGCCGAAACACUUCGAAACCUGGUUGAUUUGGUGUAUUUCCCCAUUCCUCCGCUGCUCCGGCCAAUCUUCGAGAAAGUACAAGCGCUUGAUGGAAAAGGGGUCUUUCGUGUAGGGCUACUUUUCGAUCCGUUCGAAUCUAGAAAACCGGGCCUAUACAUCCGUUUCGACUUUUUCUCGAGACCUAGCCCAUGUCUCACAUCAGAAAUUGAAACGCAAACUCGCGAAACGAAUCAUCAAGGCCCAUCCCAGCCAGCACUAGAAGAUGCCCUACGGAAGGAAAGCGAAUUGAGCGGCAAACCUUUUGAAAAGGAAUUGAAAGACCUGGAUCUCAUGUUAGAAAACAGUGUCCUCUCUCGAAGGGGGUCUUUAUAUGAUUCGAUUGAAGCGGCGGCCAACGAAAGCGAACCUUGCGUGGAUGUCUCAAUGGUGAACGACUUGGCAAGUAGUGGUGAGGGGGGAAAUGUCCGUGAUAACGAGGGUGAAGAUAUUGAAAUGGUAGACGCCACGACCGUCGAGCCAGCAAAAGACUUACUAUCUAAUGUGACUACCGAAGUUGAUGCCAUGAGACAGAAGAACGACGGUGAGAAAAUGACGAAUCUCGAGUCUACCGACGAAACACACGCAAACUCCGAUGACCGGCAUGCAGUAUUUACCCCACCAACCGUCCAUAGUGCUGUAUUAAGCGAGAUGGACAAUAAUCCCCAAAGCGGCGACUCCAAUCCGCCGGGCUUCCCUGAGGCACAAGCAGCUCCACCUACUCCCCCUGCGAGUUUUAAAGAUAGCCACCAGCCGCCAUUGGCACAAGGAGGUAUUCAGUGGUACAUGGAGCCAUUUGACCCCGUCGGCACUACCAUCUACGAAGAACGAUGGACAGGCCGCGAAGUCCUACGGGGCAUGAGCGAAGAGCUAAGUGAGCUUGACGAAGACGAGUUGCGACAUCUAGUUGGAGACGAAUUUGUCAAUGGAGCCCCCAGAGAACAGCUGAAUGGCACCGACGAUAUGAAGGAUGUUGACCCGGCAGGGAGCAUUGAGGUUUCGAAGCCAAAGGCCCCGAGGCCGAAACGGCGUUGGCGAGGGUUUAGAUAG